AUGUCAAUAUCUUCUGUGAACGCGGCGAAAAGACAGAAGCUACAGAGGCAUUAUGGCAUACGUUCAAUAAUAUCGUGGAUAGACUUCCCAAGAUUUGGCAAGAAACCUUCACUGUUUAAAUGGCGUGAGGAAGAAGAAGAAGACGCACACUCUGAAGAUUACACUGAUUAUAUCGAGAACGUCCUCAUUGGAUCUGUCCAUCUCACUGGACAUAAAGUGAAAGAUGUUCAUUCGAACAAGAAAUACUGGAACAGUGGUCCAGCCCGUGGCACAACCUAUGUUGUUGUGUUCCGCCCCCAAAUAGCUGGUGUUGAGCAAAAUGCUGUAAAAUUAGCGUUUGAACUAAAAAAAGGUAUAUGGGUAAACGAUAAAGACAAUUAUUGGACUGUAGAAAAGAUAAGACAGUCACGAGACAAUUACGUGAGAUACAAAGAAGUAAUAAGGUUACGGCACGUGGUAACUAGGGAGAUGCUACAUUCACAUCGAAUAACUUCCCCAGUAACUGGACAGCAAGAAGGUACAUCAGCUGCUGUUAUUUGUGACUGA